CUACACACUCACUACUACACACUCACUACUACACUACUACACACUCACUACUACACACUCACUACUACACUACUACACACUACUCCACAUCUCUAUUUGCUAUGUUCCCCACAUCCCUGGAUGGCUUUUAGUCUGUUAUAUUGAAUCAUAGGGUUCACGAGCCGGAAUGUAAUAAAGGAAGUUGCAGCAGAGUUGGUGAGAACCUAAAAGUCCGGACAGUCGAAGCCUCAAAGCAGAAGUGCUCUCAAGACGGUCAGAGCGGAUCUAACGGCUCCUUCAGAACAGCUGAGGGUCUUCAAGCGUUUCCUCAGGAUGAACACAAGCCCACCGGAUGGAACAGAGGAAGUCCCAGAGGAAGCUGACUAUGUCAAUGAAGCAGUCCGCAGUGUGGAGCCAGUGGCAGCCGCUCCAGACCGGAGGUUCCUCUUCUUCUCUCGGUCUCCUCUAGUGAUCGCGGCGUGUUGGCUGGUGCUGGUGCUCAUCCUGGGCCUUCGUCUCCACUUUACUUCUGUCAUUUCUGAAAACGACGCCAAGCUGAAGGCAGACAACCUGAACCUGAAGACGCAGAACCAGGACCUGAAGAGGCAGAGGAACACCAUACAAGAUAUGGAGACCAACUGGACUGAGCUCAACAUCAGCAGAGCUCAGUGGAGCAUCGAUACCUACUGCAUCCACAAUGCCGAGGGAAAGUGUGAAGCGUGUAGGAAGGGCUGGUCACUCAACCAGAAGAGCUGCUACGUGACUAUUAACCCUAAUCCUCCUGGUGGGAAAACCUGGACAGAAGCUCGAGAAUACUGCAGAGAAAGAAAUGCAGAUUUUCCUGUUGUACUCACUGAAGAUGGAAAGAACAUAAUCGAUAAGUACAGCUAUGGGGACGUUGGAGACUGGAUUGGCCUGAGAGUUGAAGAUGGGAAAUGGAAGUGGAUCGAUGGAACUGAGCUGAAUCAAACCUCCUGGAAUGGACCUCCUGUUGACGGUCACUGUGCUGUCUCAACCCAGGGUGAAGGAUGGAGCUCAGUGAGCUGUGACCUCCGUAAGCAAUGGAUCUGCGUCCAGGACGCUUUAUCCGUGUGAACUUCUCACACUUCCUACUUGAGAAUAUCUAAACAGGUGAAUUAACUGUGUAAGAAUACCGACAUGUGCGCAUGUGUGUGGUUGUUUCUGCGUGCGUCUUCAUUAGAGACGUCCGGAUUAAAUGUUUCUCCUUUGUCAUGUGACAUUUUAAAUGGUCGCCUCUGAUUGGCCACGAGAGAGCGCUGCAGCAUCGCAGACGGGUUCAGAAUGUGUAUUUGUAAAGAAUGUAAAAACAAAAGUUGAUAUGCAGAGGGGACAGUAGAAUAUGUGCUUUAUAUCCAGAAGCUUUCCUCUUAUUACGUUGAAUAAAAAUACCGGAACACA